AUGGGAGAAAAAGAGAAGAACAAGAACAACAAGAAGCAAAAGCAUCAACAUCCCAAUUCCCAAACAACCAAACAAACCUCAGAUUUCUCCUUCAAACCAACCUCAGAGGUAAAAGGCAUAAGAUUUGGUGGCCAAUUCAUAGUAAAAUCAUUCCCAAUCCGAAGAGCAAAACCCUUAGAGCUUCUCAAAGUUCUUUCUUUCCCAUCAACAAACAAAUCCAAAUCUCACAAACUUCCUUUCCCUUCCACAACAGCCUUCUUGCCAACAAACUUCACAAUCCUAGCACAUCAAGCAUGGCACACACUAACCCUAGGACUUGGUUCCAAGAAGUCAAAGGUUCUUGUCUUUGUGUUUGAAACAGAAGCUAUCAAGUGCUCUGUUGAUAGAAUUUGGCCACAUGAAAUAGCACUUGGUGAUGUGAACAAGAAACUCAUAAAGGGUCUGUCUGGUUUUGAAAUGGCCAGAUUCAAAUUCAGAAAAGGGUGUUUAACUUUUUAUGUUUAUGCUGUUAGAGAAAUUGGAAGCUUUGGGUUUCUUUGUGCGGAAGAUUUGAAGAUUAUUCUUGAAUCUGUUGUGGAACUUAAGGAUUUCUUGGAUCAUACUGUUAUGCUUUCUAUGACAAAUCAAAGAAGCAUUAGUUACUCUAAAUCUCAAAAUCAAAAUCAAAAUCAGGUUGCAAUGGCUCAUUGA